AUGGAUGAAGAGGAUAUCACAGAUAAUAUUUUCUGUCCUGCUUGUUCUAGUCUACUAACAGUCCCUUACAUCAGGUGUACAGAAUGUUUACAGCCUGAUGUUUACAUCUGUUUAAAUUGUUUUGCAAAAGGUGUUGAAUUCAAGUCACAUCAAAAUAACCAUUGUUAUAGUCUUAUUAGAAAAGAUUUUCCAUUAUUUGAAGAUAAAUGGACGGCAGUAGACGAAUGUAAUUUAUUAAAAGCUAUAGAAGAAUUUGGUUAUGGGAAUUGGAAAGAAAUCAGUGAACAUGUUAAGAGUAAAUCAACUAUUGAAUGUGAAAGACAUUAUGAUAAAUAUUAUAUUGAAAAUCCUUCAGAUGAAAUGCCAGGUGAGGUCAUAGUCUUUUCUUUAUCCAAUUCUUGUUCUUCUUUUGAAGACCCACCACGUCCACCAGAAGGAUCUAGUAUAUAUAAUGAUAUGGGUGGUUAUUGUGCAGCUAGAGGUGAUUUUACUGUAGAAUAUGACAACUAUUCAGAAUCUACUAUCUGUAAUAUUGAUAUUUCUAUAAAAAAUACUCAUUUCUUUGAUACUGUAUAUUUUCUAUUAACAGAAUUAAUAUAUGCUGCAGCCAAUAUUUAUAAUUCAAGUUUAAAGGAAAGGGAUAGAAGAAAAAAAAUCGUACGAGAUUAUGGUUUAAUUAGUAUGAGUAAAGUAAACAGUAUUAAUAAAAGAUACAGUAAAACAAUAUAUCAGUGGUUAGAUGGGUUACGUGUAUAUUGUACACUAUUUAAUCCUAUUGAAUAUGAUCAGUUGUUAGAAUCACUACAUUAUGAACAAGAAUUGAAGAAUGAUAUAAAGAAGUUAAAAGAGUAUAGACAAAAUGGACUAACUGAAUUAAGAAAUAUCAGACUAUAUAAAUGUAUGAAGAAAAGAAGGGAGAUAACUAAAAAUAGACGCCAUUUUCUUUCUGAUCUUAUAAACCAUGUACAGGAUGAAGAAGCAUGUAUAUCUUGGUUACAGAAACAAGCUGUAGCUAAUAAUAGAUCUACCUCUAUUUUACCACUACCUCAAUUACAGAGAAGAACUCCACAACCACUAGAUAUAACAAGUUAUCCAAGUUUUGAUAAACUUUCUGCCACAGAAAAAGAGGUUUGUUCCUAUGCAAGACUUUUACCAGAAGCUUUCAUGGAAUUCAAAAGGAUUUUAAUAAAAGAAAGUGAAAAGAACAAUGGAAUAUUAAGAUUGGCUCAUGCUAGAUCAUUGAUCAAAAUAGAUGUCAACAAAACCAGAAAAAUUUAUGACCAUUUACUGAAUGAAGGUUUAGUGAAUAAAGAGUGA